UGUCCCCCCGGCGUGCGGGGGAGGACGCCGGGGGCCAGGAGAGUUACCACUCCGAGCUCCACGUGGCAGCAUCACCCCAGGGCGGCCCCCCCCAAGUGCCCAAGAAGACAGAGAAAGUCUUGCAGAUGAGCAAAAUCCUCAACCCCGACGCUCUGGCACCGGGGUACUCGGGCCCCCUGAAAGAAAUUCCCCCGGAGAAGUUCAACGUCACCGCCAUCCCCAAGGGCUACCGCUCCCCCUGGCAGGAGCUCCUCGGUGACAAGGACGACGCUGCGCACGGCGAGAACCAGCCGCCCGCGAGACCUUCUCCGUGGGACUUCAGGAGCUUCAACAGGACUCCCACCCCGUUUGACAGGGCACUGCUCAGCGACCCCUUCUCCGUGCCCACCAUGGAGCUGGAUAACCUCAGCGCUCUGGAAGUGAUCUCCCACAGACGCAACUUCAACAGAGUGCCGCAAGGAUGGGCGCGGAUUCUCCCCGAGAGCGAAGAGCUGUAG